AUGUAUCGUUGGUCGCCACUCCUCAUUCUAGUGGGUUGGGUCAUUGGUGGCGUGCAUUCGCAGCUCGGCGACUCUCAGACCCAGGUUCCAUGGAGAGCAGGUCAUGUCUCGGCAUUUCUGGAUCCCUAUGUCAUUGUAUAUGGAGGCACUGAAGAUACAAAUGGGGACUAUAGCAACGCAGCAAACGGAACGACUAGUCUUUGGGUGUGGGAUUCGCGUAAUGGUUCCUGGUAUCAUCCUCAGCUUGCUUCCAGCACACAGCCAAAUCCACAGAUCUUUUUCGGUGCUACAAAGCUGCCAAGCUCGGGUCAAAUGCUCAUUGUUGGAGGAAACAGUACAUCAGGCAUGUCUUUGCAAAAGUUGGAUACCAAUAGUUGGAGUUGGAGCUUCCCAUCUUCCUCAACGACUUCACCUUCUUCAGCAGCAUUCUUUUCUAUUACAUUGAUCAACAACACCAUCUACACAUAUGGAGGCGCCUCUGUCGACGCAAACGGCCAUCCACAGACCAACGCAGUACUCAAUAGCCUUUAUGCUCUUGAUUCCAAUUCAUUUGCUUGGACUUCAGGCUCAAAUGGUGAUGGAAUUAUGGCACACUCGACAUGCUAUGUUCAAUCUUGCAAUUGCCUUAUUACAUUUGGUGGCACAAAAACUGGACAAGGAGCUGAUGCAUCAGCGAAUGUGAUCAUUUACGAUCUCACCACCAAGUCAUGGAAUCUUCAAGUAUCGGUGUCAGCAGGAUCGAGUGGUGCCCCUGGUGGAAGCAGAAUGCACACUGCCAAUUGCUUAAAGGACAAGAUGAUUGUCUAUGGAGGUGGCACUCAAAGCCCGGUGGAUUCUGAUGUAUGGAUUCUCGACGCUUCACAAUAUCCAUCGUUGACAUGGCAACGACAAGAUGUCAGCAACAAAGGGCAAGGUCCUGGAGCGAGAAUGGGACACACUUCUGUUGUUGAUGAAAGUAACCAGAAAAUGUACAUCUUUGGUGGUUGGGGAGGACGUGCUACUGGUGAUUCCAACAUGUACAUGCUUGAUAUGGAAAAUUGGAGUUGGACACGCAUAGCAACGACUGGUAUUGAAGACUCCAACAAGGACGGCUCUUCUACAAGCAAUCACACGGGUGCCAUUGCAGGCGGCGUGGUUGGUGGUGUUGUGGGCUUAGCCUUGAUUGCUGGUCUUUUUCUUUUAUGGCGACGUCGACAACGAAGACGACGUGAAGAAGACAAUGCUUCUGAAAAGACUGAUGAACCGGAUUAUUAUGCAAGACAUCCUCAUUAUUGGACGAAUGGCGACCAAAAUGGAUCAUUGUAUGAAUUGCAUGAUGAUGGCGUUGCUGUAGCACCUAUGAGCCCAUUUCCUCAACGCAAACGUGCUUCAAAAGCUCUCACUCAUUCAACCACGAUGCGAGAUUCGACAUUGGGAGUACGUUCGGAGCUUGGUGAUAUGGAUCAUGUUAUGACAGGCGUGCUACAGGAGAUGGAUGGUGCGAGUGAUCAAGCCAACUAUUCAAGUACAACACACAGCUUCCGCAACUCACGACACAAUAGCAAAGUUUUACUCGUCCCUGACAGCGAAUUACGCAACGCACAAAACCCUGAGGAGAUUGCACGUCAAAAGCCAAACGAGUUUUCAAUGCCAGCAUCACGUCUUGCCAAACACAAUAAGGACAUCCCUAUCGACCAUCACAACCCACAGAGCCUUUCAUCACUUGCUGCCACAGUGGGAUCACCAACAAACUUGACUCAAAUUGGAUUUGACAAUCAUCGACCAUCAACACCUUUGGCUACGAGUCUUGAGACAUCCAACAAUCAUCAGGACAUGACUACUACUACGACAUCUCUUUCUCCCCUUGUCAACAUGCUCCCAAAACGAUAUCAAGCAGAUUCAAAACGUGAUCCUAUUAUUGGGCCUGUCAAUAGCAUUUUGUAUGUCAACAAGAUUGAUACCAAUGCCGCUGAAUCAGCAUUAGAAAAGGAGGCUACGAUAAAGUGGUUUGGAAGACGAGAAGCCUGGGAACGAGAAUGCCGAACUCUCAUUCGAUUAAAAUCGGCUCAUGUGGUGGAGCUUUUGGAAGUCCUUACGAUCCAAGACGAGAAUGUUUCUGCAACUGAAGAUGAUGAGACUCGAAUGAAAUAUUGCACAGUUAUGGAACGUUUGGAAGAAACAUUGGGAGCAGUGAUUCAACAAGCACGAUCGGAUAAUCAUACAACAACAUGGAACCAUCAACGAAAACGAGAUAUUGCACGCAACAUUGUUGAAUGCCUUAUUUUAUGUCACUCACGCGGUGUCGCUUUUUGUGAUCUCAAACCAAGUAAUAUCAUGCAUCGACAAGGGGAACCAUGGAAGCUGAUUGAUUUCGAAGCAAGUCGGACCAUUGGUGAAGAAUGUGUUGGCGUGAUUACUCCACGUUAUUGUCCACCUGAAGUAGCUCGUGCAACAACCUAUGGAUUGGAAGGUGCAAAUGGUGUGGUUGCUACGCCUAGUGUGGAUCUGUGGGCCCUGGGUUGCGUGAUUUACGAGCUCGAGACCAAGCAUGCAUUGUUUGCCAGCAAUAUCAAGGAUGGUACUAUUUUGCAUUUCGUAUCCCAUCCAUCAUCAGCAACACCCAUAUUGAACAAUGGCCUGCGAUGGGACGAGCAUAAGGAACUUUACAUUCCCAACUUUGAGCGAAAUGUUGGCGACCCACAUGCAAGAGAGCUCAUCACCAUGCUAUUGAAACGAGAACCAGCUGAACGCGGUAGAGCCGCUGACCUCCUUGAUCAUCCAUACUUUAAUGAUACGUAA